ACCUCCCGGGACGCUCGCGCUCUCCCGAGUGAGGUAUGUGUUCGUUUUGAAGUGUCCGUUUUGUUUUGGUCAUCUUCAUCGGUGAUCAGCGCUGCGAUCUAGCCAUGUGGAAGCUGCUGUGGGCGGCCCUUCUGGUGGCCGUGCUCUCCACGUGUCAUACAGAUGCAAAGAGAAGCAAACGUGCAAUAGAAAACAGCCCACAGUCCCAGGGUUAUUUCUAUGAGCCACCCUCUAAACCUUUCACUUUACCCCCUCCAGUGACGUCACAGACAAGCAUAAUAACAUUUAGGCCAACUACGGUGACAUUACCACCAUAUACUUAUACUCCAAGAGUUCAGACAACGGUAAGACCACCACCAUCACCACCACCAAGAACUCCACCGCCACCACCAAGAACAUCAACAUAUGUGGUGACAGGAUAUACAUAUACAACUCCGAGAACUCCAUUCCCGACACCACCAAGAACACCACCACCACCACCAAGAACUCCACCGCCACCACCAAGAACUCCACCGCCACCACCAAGAACUCCACCGCCACCACCAAGAACAUCAACAUAUGUGGUGACAGGAUAUACAUAUACAACUCCGAGAACUCCAUUCCCGACACCGCCUAGAACACCACCACCGCCGCCUAGAACACCACCACCGCCGCCAAGAACACCACCUCCAGUAACAAGCGGAGGAUAUGUUUAUACAAAUCCAAGUACAGAAUUUACAUUGCCACCGAGAACAUCGCCACCAAGAACCGUGCCGCCACCAACUCCUCCACCGCGAACACCACCACCUGUGAAAAUUCCACCACCAUACACAAGGCCCCCAUACACACCACCUCCACAAACUCUUCCACCGAGAACGCAGCCACCAUACACAAGGCCCCCAUACACACCACCUCCACAAACUCUUCCACCGAGAACGCAGCCACCAUACACAAGGCCCCCAUACACACCACCUCCACAAACUCUUCCACCGAGAACGCAGCCACCAUACACAAGGCCCCCAUACACAGUACCUCCACAAACUCCUCCACCGAGAACACCACCACCAUACACAAGGCCCCCAUACAUACCACCUCCACAAACUCCUCCACCGCGAACACCGCCACCAUAUUUACCACCUGUGAAGACUCCACCACCAAGAACGCCGCCACCAUACACGAGGCCCCCAUAUACUCCUCCUCCGCAAACUCCUCCACCAAGAACGCCGCCACCAUACACGAGGCCCCCAUAUACACCUCCUCCGCAAACUCCUCCACCAAGAACGCCGCCACCAUACACAAGACCUCCAUAUACACCACCUCCGCAAACUCCUCCACCGAGAACACAACCUCCGUAUUUACCACCUCCACAAACUCCUCCACCAAGAACACCGCCACCGUAUACUCCACCCCCACAAACUCCUCCACCAAGAACGCCGCCACCGUAUACUCCACCUCGACAAACUCCUCCACCGAGAACGCCGCCACCGUAUACUCCACCUCCACAAACUCCCCCACCGAGAACGCCGCCACCGCAUACUCCACCUCCACAAACUCCUCCACCAAGAACACCGCCACCGUAUAUUCCACCUCCUCAAACUCCUCCACCAAGAACACCACCUCCAAGAACACCACCACCUCCUCCACCUCCACCUAAAACCGCACCUUCUUAUUUGCCUCCACUUCCAACUAGACCUUCUUAUGUACCACCAAGGACAACAACACAAAGACCUAUAGAAUAUGAAGCUGGAUCAUUCAUUACUGAAUUUGGAAGGUAUACUACGAAAACAUCUACUCGUUUUACUACAAGGCCUACGCCAAGAAUUACUACACAAUAUAUUACUCGACCUACUCCUCAAAUAAGCACGCGAGUCACUGCUCAGCCAUCUACUUACCUUCCGCCUUUCUCUGAGUCCACCAGAUAUACUCCAACUGUACCUACGAUUCCUACGACCAGAUAUACUCCAUCAACGACUAGAUACACUCCACCCACGACUAGAUACACUCCACCCACGACCAGAUACACUCCCCCCACGACCAGAUACACUCCUCCAACUACAAGAUAUACUCCACCUAUAAGAACAACAUUUUCGACUAGCACAUAUAGUCAGACUACGCCCGUCUAUUCGUCAACCACUCCGUCAACCUUUACUCCAACUCGACCACCACCGUAUCUUCCGCCGUCAACACCAAGACCAGUAUAUCCAACUGUGACGCCGCCGCCACCACCUGAACCUAUUUACAGCAUUACACCCAGCACGCCAACUUUGCCGCCACCAACCGGAAGGCCUGCACCACCUCCAACACUGCCGCCUACAACACCGAGGCCAACUUUAGGAUACAAUUACCCGAUUCCCAAUAUUCCGUUUGAAACUCGCAAACGAUGAAAAUAACAUGGGCUGACAUGAGCAGCUUGCAGUGCGUUACCGAAAUCUUAAAUAUUAGUAUGCAUAAUAUUAAUAUUAGCAAAGAUUAUUUAAUAGCCGAUAUAGGUAACGCUGAAUCCUUCGCCACAUUUAGAGAGUAUUACCUUUUUUAUAUAUCGAUCAUUUUCGCUACACUAUUUUUUCUAAAUAAGAAUUUAGUCGGCCAACG